UCUGGCAACGAUUUCAUUAUGAGCAUCUGGGACUUCGGGGGCCAGCCGAUAUAUCAUGUUAUACAACGAAUAUUUAUGGUAUCUUUUGCUGUUAUUUGUGUGGUAUUUAACCUGGAAGAUGAUCUUGACUCCCCAGCUAAAGUCAGGGAUCCAACCACUGGUGAUAUAUACGAACACCGAAUGACAAACCUUGAGUUCAUUCUCUACUGGAUUCGUUCAGUUUACACCAACAGUCGAGAUUUAGAAUUGGAAGAUGGACAACUUUCACCGCCAGUACUAGUUAUUGGUACGCACUUAGGCAACCUCGAUGGGAAUGAAGAGGAAAAGAAAAGAAAGGUAUGAAACAACUACGUCAUGCACAAAGAAAACAAUCCGACAGAAAUUAUCAUAAACAAAUCUCAGACAAACAAA